AUGUCUCCAAAGCGUUUGCUAGUGUUAUUUCUUGGAGUAAUGGUGGUUCUCACUGCUAUUACUUCCACUUUUGCUGAUACUAAGCCUCAACCGGAUCAGAAGUCUCCCAAAAAGCCACCAAGUCACAAAAAACCUCCUGCUUUGGAGGAAGAGUCAGAUGCACAACCAUUGGAUGGAAAAUCUCCAAAGCCAAAGCCACCUCCAAAAUACAAACCACCAAGUCCAUAUGUUCAUGUGGAGGACCGAUCCUCAGAAGGCCAAAGACUCUAUGGAAAACCACCAAAGGGAAAAGGAGGGAAACCUCCACAUGUAGCUGAAGUGGCUGAUGCAGAUAGUCACAAAACACCUCACAAGCCACCCCACAAACCUCCAUCUACCAACUAA